AUGCCCGCAAUCAUGGAAGAGGAAGAGUCGUCAACAGCUCCAGCCGUCCUGCCAUUCCCACCAGUCACCAAAUCCCACAUCAUGCACUGCUCGUUCCACUCCUGGCAUCCCAAGUACCGCACGAUUACCCCGAAGGCCCGCCUAAUUCGCCUCACGAAGCCAUUUUUGGACUACCUUCGCGCAGACGGCAUUAUCCUACCGUCCGACGACGCCGAAAACGACGAAAGCGACAGCGGGUUCUACUCGGCCAGUGAUGCUCAAGAGGAGGACGAUUCAGAUGAUGACGAUGUCGAUAUCGCGGCAGACUGGAGAGAAGUACAUGAGACGAUCCAGAGCACCAUUGAAGAGCUGGGCGGCAAAGUGGUACCCAAACUCAACUGGUCCGCGCCCAAGGAUGCAACAUGGAUGAACGCAAAUACUAUGGAAUGCCGCACGCCAAACGACGUGUAUCUCCUGUUAAAGAGCUCUGAUUUUGUUACAUGGGACUUGGAACACGCUUUCGACGACUGCGUGGAGUCGCCAGAUUCAGAGCUCAGUCAAGACGACAUACCUUUCCACCUCGUCCUUCGCAAGAGCGUGCCGACCUUCAACCCUUCUGUGGAAUUCAGAUGUUUUGUCAGAGAGCGAAAGCUAUUGUGCAUCUGCCAGCGAGACCUGAAUCACUACGACUUUCUGGAAAAGAUGCAAGGACAACUACAAUCGAUGAUCAAGGAGUUCUUCGACGUCAGACUACGAGAUUCAUUUCCAGAUGAGAGCUUCGUGUUCGACGUCUACAUUCCGCAACCCUUCAAUCGAGUAUGGCUGGUCGAUGUCAAUCCUUGGGCUCCGCGCACGGAUCCCAUCUUGUUCAGCUGGCUGGAACUUCUCGACAUGCAAGCACCGCAGGAGCCAGAGUUCUCUGAUGCGAGCCAUGACUUCGUCCGGCUAUCGAUUGCAGGAACCGAUCAGACAGCCGCUACACCGACCGGAGAUGCUGGGUCUCACUCCGAUUCAGACAGUGACGAAGAUGAGGAUGCUGAUGAGGAGUUAUGGCUGCCGGAGCUGAGACUUGUACGGAAGUCUGACCCUGAAGCCUAUAACUUUAGUACCCAGCAAUACAGCGCGCAUAAGCUGCCGAAAGAUGUCGUCGACGCUAGUCAAAGUGAUAACGACACAUCACUCGAAGAAAACAACCUCAUUGUGAGGAGAUCAAUAUCACCCUCGAAACAGCACAACACGGACCAAGUCAUGGAAUCCGAAGCUUUCUGGACUAUCGAGACUAUCAACGAUGCACGAUCUCGCUGGAUAACACUUCAAACACGCUCAAAUUGGACCUUCAGAGUGCUUUGUCCGGUCCUGACCGUCCUCGCCCUCGCAGCGUCAAGAGUCCUCUCCGAACCGAUACCAAUCUGGUCCAUGUCUCUAAUCUGGGCGUCCUGGUGGUUCGCAGAUGCCGCCCUGGAAGUCCUCGCGCACACCGGCUGGAGCGUUCGACUGCCCGGCGUCCAAGAACCUACAUGCGUCGUGCCGAAAAUCCUCCCCAACACGGCACAUCUCAGCGUUCUCGUGGAGGGACACGAGAAGACUUGGCCGAGGGAGAGGGAUGUCAUUGUGGCUUGGUGGAGGAAGGGUUUGAGAGGGUGUGGAUGGGAAGCUGCGCCGGAUAGCAGGUGGUUCAGUGGGGUGUUGGUUGGAGUGGUGUAUCUGACUGCAAUGGCGGUCAUGUUCAGCAGUUCGCGGUGA